GUAUAUUACCUUAAAUCUUCUUCUCUUUUUACACUAUCAUAGUGUCACUCACUAACUCUUCAUCCUCCUCAGAUAGUGCGCGCAUUGCAGAACACACAAUGAAAGGACUUCGCUACGUCAUCAUCAUCUUCUCCCUGCUAUCAUACGCUUCCUCUCGCUUAUCUUGCGCCUCACCGCCCACUUUCACUCGCCGUCACCUCUCACAAGCUCCUGUAACCGGCGGCUUGCCGUUCUUCCCAGCUUACGGCUCACCUUCCCCUCCUCCCCCGACGCCUCUGCCUCCUCCUCCCGCCCCCGCGGACCUCACAUUCCCCGCGAACAUCUCGGCACUAGUCCUCCCUAGCUCCCCAAAACAACACACUGCUUCAAGAACACUCCUAAUCCCGGUUAUCUCCGCCGUCCUCGCCGCCGCAACGGCAAUCAUCCUCGCCUUGUUCCUGUACGGAAGGUGGAGAGUGCAGACCCGUCGUCACGAAUCCAAGAACUUAGCUUCUGAAAAUAACCCACCCGAACAAGCUCCUCCUCCAUGUCCCCCUCCAAGAAACACAACUGAAAACAAACUCUCUGUUGUUUCAGCUUCAGCUUCCGUGUCACGUUUCGUCAAACCCGAGUCGCCGGAGAUCUCUCCUCUCCCGCCAUUGCCGUCUCGUAGCUUCCUCAAAGAGGAAGAAGAGGACGACGACUUCUACUCGCCUCAAGCGUCUCUAGCCAGCAAAGAACAGAGGAAAAACCCCUACAGUAACUUCUCCCCCUCUCCCUCCUCAGCCUCUGUUUUUCCGGCGUCGCCGGAGAGACAGGUGAGAGACAACAAAAGAGCGUUCACCCUCUGGAACCAGAGCAUAGGCUUCCCUCGAGUCUCCUCUGCUUCCACUUCACCGGAGAGAGGCGUGAUCAAGACACCAGACGCUUACGCUCGUUCCUCCAUCCACUCUUCGGUCUCCACCACGCCGGAGCGGUUCUUCCCGAAGGUUCUCGAAACUUCGCCGCCGAGGUGGAACGAUCUCAGUCGAAACGUCAAGUCUUUGUUCCUUUCUAGAGAAACUGAGCUUGAUUCAGCUGAACAGUGCAGAUCGGCGGCUGUUCAUCCUCCUCCGCGACGGCCACCGCCUCCCACGCCGGUGCCACCUCCUCUUGCUCCGCCGUCACAGUCUUUUAUGGCGCAGAAACUAUCUUCCUCGGAGUUGCCACAGAGUUGUUGUUGGGAAGAAACAACAGAACGACCAAAGCCAAAGACGAAACCUCUGCCUUUCCGACCAAGUUCUUGUCGGAAAAACACAUGGGACAGUACCAAGUUCAACUCUUUAAACGUUAAUCCAAAGCAGAGAAGUCUGAGCUGCGAUCUUCCAAUGCUGAAUCAAGAAAGCAGAGUUUUAGAUCCAAGAAAGUGUCAGAGUGUUGCUCUUCUACUUACAAGACUUGAUCUCACCACAAAUGAUGUUCUUCAGGCACUUCAAGAUGGUCACUAUGAAGCACUUGGAGUUGAGCUUCUUGAGAGUUUAUCAAGAAUAGCACCGAGUGAAGAAGAAGAAAAGAAGUUGAAGAGCUAUAGUGAUGCCAAGCUUGCCCCACCAGAGAGGUUUCUCCAGGAACUGCUUAAUGUACCGUUUGUGUUCAAACGCGCUGAUGCAUUGCUCUCUGUUGCUACUUUUGGUUCCAAGAUUCAACACUUGAAACAAUCAUUUAGCGUUAUACAGGCUGCUUGCGAGGAGCUAAGGAACACCAAAACGUUAUUGAAACUUCUUGAAGCUGUCUUUGAGAGAGGAACAAAUAGCCUUGAGGCGCUUUUCGAGCUUGUUGGAAGAACCAAUAUCUUGCAUUCUGUUGUGCACAACAUCAUAGAAUCAGAAGGCAUCAAAGGGUUACAAGCUGUUGGAAGUCUCAGUUCAGUACUUGUGGAUGUCAAGAAAGCUGCAGAGAUGGACUACGGUGUUCUGAGAAGCCAAGUGUUCGACAUUUACCAAGGAGUCAAGAAAGUUAGCGAGGUUCUUCUGCUGCUGAAUGGCGAGAAUGGAGAUGGUGAAGAACAAGAGUGGUGGGCUUUUAGAGAGUCGAUGACACGGUUCUUGGAAACGGCUGUUGAGGAGAUUAAAAAGAUUGAAACAAUAGAAGGUUGUGUGGUCUCUGCAGUGAAAGAGGUCACAGAGUAUUUCCAUGGAGAUUCAGCAAAGGAGGAAGCUCAGGUGUUGAGAGUAUUCGUGGUUGUGAGAGACUUUCUGUGCAUUCUAGAUGAUGUAUGCAAGGAGAUGGAUGCGAGUUAAGAAGAGAGUACUCUGGCUUAGGUUUCCAAGACUGAGGAUGAAGUUGUGUUGCCUAGUAGUUAUGUACUUGUAUGUAUGUAUGAAAUGUUGGAAGCUAUGAUUGUAUUUAGAGGGAUGCAAACUUUUACAAACACGUGCCUUGAACACAUUUUAUAUUUCAUCACAUCUUUUAAUUCG